UUUGGAGUCAAAAAUGCCCAACAAAGGUUGAUUCAAGCUACAUGGUCACUGAACAAUGCAUUGAUAUUCUAUCACUAUCACUACAGGCCCAAUAAUAAUUUUAUUGUUUCAUCUGGAAGCCCAUAUAUCUAUUGGAAACCAGUAUUUAUGGCAAAAUAA